AUGGGGGAGCCUUCCGCAAAGAAGCAGAAGACUGCAAGCGCUGAGUCCUCUGGCGCACGAAUAACAGACCCUCGAUUCGCAAAUAUCCAGUCCGAUCCACGAUACCGCUUGCCUGGCAAAAAGAACAAAGUCAAACUUGACAAGCGGUUCGCACGAGUCCUUGAAGAUGAUGACUUUGUUAAGAGAGCCAAAGUUGAUCGGUACGGACGACCGCUGGAAGCAAACGUAGAGAAGAAGCGCUUGAAGAGGAAGUAUGAGUUUGACGAGGAUGAAGAGCCCGAAAGUGACGAGGCCGACAAUGACGACGCGGUCAAGCAGGAGUUGAGCAGGGUUGAGAAGAAAACUCGUGAUCCGUUACGAGAAGGGCGAGAGACCGAUUCUGAAGCCGAGACCUCCUCGGAUGAGACGUCCACCAACUCAGACUCGGAGGAAGAGGAGGGAGCGGAAGAGGUGGAUGAAGAACUCGACGUUGGCGCUACCCAACAGCAGGACGUGCCCACCGGAGAAGUCACCUCUCGCAUCGCCAUUGUGAAUUUGGACUGGGACAACAUCCGCGCCGCGGACCUAAUGGCCGUCUUCUCUAGUUUUCUACCAUCUACCGGCGGAUCCAUUGUCAAGGUAGCCAUCUAUCCCAGCGAAUUCGGCAAGGAAAGACUCGAAAGGGAAGAAUUGGAAGGACCACCCAAAGAUAUCUUUACCAAUGCUGCAAAAGGAGGCAAUGCUGAUGAGGAUAUGUCUGAUGAUGAAGAAGCGGAUGAAGACAUAAAAGCGUCCAUCCUCAAAACCGAAAAUGGCGAUGAAGACUUCAACGCAACCGCCCUACGGAAAUACCAACUCGAACGUCUGCGCUAUUUCUACGCUAUUCUCACCUUCUCAUCCCCGUCGGUGGCGAAACACAUCUACGACGCCGUCGACGGGACCGAAUAUCUCCGUACUGCGAAUUUCUUCGACCUAAGAUUCGUCCCCGAGGACACCGAUUUCAGGACGGAUACUCCGCGCGAAGAAUGCGAACGGAUACCAGACGAUUACAGACCGAACGAGUUCGUCACGGAUGCGUUGCAGCACAGCAAAGUCAAGUUGACCUGGGAUGCGGAGGACACAGGGAGGAAAGAAGCCGUCGCUCGGGCAUUCAGGGGUGGCAAGGGAAAGGGCAAGAAGGGCAUGCAAGAAAUGAUUGAUGAAAAUGAUCUCAGAGCCUAUCUUGCAUCUGAUACCGACGACUCUGCCUCGGAAGCAUUGGAGCUCGAAGCCGAAACAAGCACCACUCACGACAACGCUGCCCCAGCACCUUUGUCAAAGAAGGAAGCCGAACGGCAACGCAUGCGAACGCUCCUAGGCCUGCCUCUCGACACCGUCAAGCCGGCAAAAUCCAAAGAUCAGGCGCCUGUAGGAGACAUGCAAAUCACAUUCACAUCCGGUCUGAAUCCCAGCAAAGAUGAUAAGAAACGUUCUGUAUUUGAAAACUCGCCGGAGCCAGAGGAGACGACGUUAGAGAAGUACGUCCGCAAAGAACGAGAACGCAAACAGAAACGGAAAGAAAAGAUGAAGUCAGCGACCGCAGUCCCUGAUCAUGAAGAUACUCCCACAGAGACCGCUGAUCAGCUUAUUGAAGACGCGCACGAAGACGAAGAGGAGUUAGGAUUCGACGACCCAUUCUUCGCCUCCGCCGAACCAUCCGCCGAGCUCUCCAAAGCAACGUCAAACAAAUUGAGGAAGGAAGAACGGCUGAAGAAAAAACAACAGCGUGAGGCAGAGGAAGAAAAGGACCGCAAACAGCGCGCCGAGCUCGAACUUCUCAUGGCGGACGACGACGUCGAAGCCAAUGACGGCGUCCCAGGAAAAUCCAAGAUCCAACAUUUUGAUAUGCGCGAAAUCGAGCGCGCCGAGAAACAAGCUCGCAAGAAGGGGAAGAAGAACAAGCUCAAGAACAAGUCCAAGUCCGACGCUGCUCAGAGUAGUACCAGCGAGAUCCCAGCAGAUGACUUCCAGCUCGACACCGCGGACCCGCGCUUCGCCCGCCUCUUCUCGUCGCAUGAGUACGCCAUCGACCCGACGAACCCGCGCUUCAAAGGCACGAAGAACAUGAAGUUGCUGCUGGACGAGCGGCGGAAACGGAAGAACAAAGACCAGCACAAGCAGAGCAGUGAAGGAGAUGGCUCGCGAGAGGGACGAUUGGCCGAGAAGAAAUCAACCGGCAAUUCUGAGCCCGUCGGCGAUGUCAAGCGCCUUGUGGAGAAGAUCAAAAGGCAGCAGAAGAAAUGA